AUGGAAAACGAUCCCUUCCUUCUAAUCAACCGUCAAAAUUCACCUUUCACUUCUUCCAAAUCCUUCAACGACUUCGCCGCCUUACAACCACCACAACCACCACCACCACAACAAUCAUCGGAAAUUCAAUCAUGCAACCAACAACCAUUCUCUCCUUCCAAACAAAAAAAACUCAGCCGCUGCAAAACCGCACCCGCCAUGUUCAUUCUCCCACACCUAAAACCAGCCACCACCAACCAACCUCAUCUCCCUAAACCUCAAACCAAUUCCAUCAUCCGACAAGGCAUUUGGCUUCUCCUAAUCUACCUCUCUAUCGGCGUAGCCAUCUACUCUUUCAACACAAACAAUUUCUCCGGCAUAGAAACUCACCCUAUCGUCGACGCACUAUACUUCUGUAUAGUCACCAUGUGCACAAUCGGUUACGGUGACAUAGCUCCAUUAACCCCAACGACUAAGCUUUUCGCUUGUGUUUUCGUUUUAGUAGGGUUUGGUUUCAUAGAUAUACUCUUGAGCGGCCUUGUUAAUUUCGUUUUAGAUUUGCAAGAAAACACUAUUUUAACGGGUCUUCAAAUGGGUGCUAGAGAGGGUUUUUCUGCUAGGGAUUACAUCGUAGAUGUUGCGAAAGGUAGGAUGAGGAUUCGGUUGAAGGUUGGUUUAGCACUUGGUGUUGUUGUUCUUUGUAUUGGAGUUGGGAGUUUGGUUUUGUGUUUUGUUGAGGGUUUGAAUUGGGUUGAUUCUGUUUAUCUGGCGGUUAUGUCUGUUACGACAGUUGGUUAUGGUGAUCGGGCUUUUACGACGCUUCCGGGGAGAUUGUUUGCGGCGAUUUGGUUGUUGUUUUCGACUUUGAUGGUUGCUAGGGCUUUUCUGUAUUUGGCUGAGGCUAGAAUUGAUAGAAGGCAUAGGAGAUUGGCUAAGAUGGUUUUGCAUAGAGAGAUUACUAUUGAAGAUUGGCUUGCUGCUGAUAUCAACAAUACUGGUUUUAUUAGUAAGUCAGAAUAUGUGAUCUUCAAGCUGAAAGAGAUGGGAAAAAUACAAGACAAAGAUGUAAUGCAAAUUUGUGAUCAAUUCAGGAAGCUGGAUCCUUCUAACUGUGGGAAGAUAACAUUACCUCAUCUCUUGGAGGGAAGAACAUAG